AUGAAUACAUUUGGUUUGAAUAUCAAUACAAUAUCAGAAGGAAUGUUUCAGAAAAUAUCUGGUGUUAAUGAUGGUGGCGGAAUAGAUGAAUUCGUAAUGAUAGAUGAAUUGGUAUUUGUAGAUGAUCAUCAUUUAU